CAUUGGGUUUAAUGUGAGGUAUAAAUGCAAGGGGUUAAACCCAGUACAGUGUCAGCUCACCAGUCGUAAACGACUUUGACAAUCGAAGUAUCAGUGUGAACCAACAUUGAAAUCAUGGGCAGGGUAAGGAACAGAUAUGAUCCAUCAUCUUUGCUAAACUUUUAAUGCACUAUACUAUAUGCUUAUAAUUUGGUCUUUUUUGCCCAAACAGGUCAUCUUCUACGAGGACAAGAACUUCAUGGGCCGCUCCUAUGAGUGCAGCAGUGACUGUUCCGACAUGUCCUCAUACCUGAGCCGCUGCCACUCAUGCAGGGUGGAGAGUGGCUGCUGGAUGGUCUAUGAUCGCCCCAACUUCAUGGGAAAUCAAUAUUUCAUCAGGAGGGGCGAGUACCCUGACUACAUGAGCAUGUGGGGCUGGGGCAACAACUGCAUCAGGUCCUGCCGCAUGAUCCCCAUGCACAGGGGCUCCUACAGAAUGAGGAUCUAUGAGAGGGAGAACUUCAUGGGUCAGAUGAUGGAUGUGACUGACGACUGCGACUCCAUCAUGGAUCGUUACCACUGGUCCAGCGGUUGCCACUCGUGCCACGUGAUGGACGGCCACUGGCUCAUGUACGAGCAUCCCCACUACAGAGGCAAGAUGUGGUACUUCAGGCCCGGAGAGUACCGCAGCUUCAGGGACUACGGCAACAUGAACUUCAUGAGCAUGAGACGCAUCAUGGAUUCUUGGUAUUGAAAACCUCUAACAUGAAAA